AUGGUACAGGAAGGAAGAAAAUUGGAUGAUGAGCCUCCCCAAGUUCCAGGUAUCACUGAGCCCGUUCUACGCAAGAUCUCUGAGAGGCUUGGCUCUGAAUGGCGGAAGCUGGCUACACAACUCGGUUUAAGCGCUGCAGAGAUCGAGCGCAUCGUGAUGGAUGACCCAGGCCAGACAGAGAACCAGAUCUUCAACAUGCUGGUCAAAUGGAGGCGCCAACAAUCCACUAGCACGGAUCAGAGGGACGUGUUAUGCACAGCUCUGAUGGAGAUCGGCAAACGGGACAUUGUUGAAGACCUGAUAGAAAUCACCGGACUCCAGGGGCCAUAUACCUUUGCCUACUUGCGACAACAAAUAAUCGACAACUACAAGCAAACUGCAAUGACUAUUCCUGCACACCCUACACUGCAGUCACGUCAAGUGGGUAUUGAGGAAUUCUUUAUUCCUUUACAACUCAAAAAGAACAUUCCAGGCAAAACAAAAUCAGAGAGGUCGGUGACAUUACCAGAAGGAAAAUUAUUCUUGGAUGAAGCACUGUAUGACAUUCUCAAUUCCUUGGAUGAUUUGUUCAAUCAGGAAAAAGUUAAGGAAAUCAAGAUUCUUCUUAUUGGUGGGGCUGGGAUGGGUAAAUCAACCCUGUUAGUGAAGGUUGCAAACUCCUCCAUCACCCUUAGUUCAAAACCCCUUCUUGGUAGAUUCGAUCUUGUGCUUUGGAUAAAGCUGAGGCAAAUGCAGCAAUCUAGUUGUGUCUUGGAUGCCAUAUUUGACCAAAUUCUAGCUCAAAACACCAAACUGACGAAGCCCAUAGUGAAAGGGUUAAUUGAUGAUCAUGAAUCAGGCAUUGCUUUGCUGUUGGACGGAGUAGAUGAAAUUCCAUCUCAUGUUUUGCAAUCUAAGGAGGGCGUGUACAGGGUUCAGGAUAUCUUACACAACAGAGUCCUUACUAAAAGUUUUGUGCUGGUCACCACCCGACCACACAUGAAACAGUACAUACUUAGGGGUCACCCAAAGUAUGCCCUGCUGGAGACAACUGGCUUCAAUCCACAAAACAGAGAUCAGUACAUCAGAUUAAACCUUCCUGAUGAUGCUGACAAGGGAAAGGCAUUGGUUUCAUAUCUGAAAACCAGUCAACAUCUAUGGGAACUGUCCAAAGUUCCAAUCAUUUCCCAGAUGAUAUGCCUUGUUUGGAAGAAUCAAAAGUCAUUGCCUGAGAGAAUUACUGAGCUGUUUGCAAAGUUUACGGAGGUUCUUUUCAUUCGCCGCAAUGAAGAAAUGGGUGAUCAGCACAUGAUGACCAUCAUGAUGUCCAUCAUUGAUGACUUGGGGCGUGUUGCAUUGCAAGGGUUACUAGACUCUAGCGGGGAAAGACUCAUGUUCAAUGAAACUGAAUUUCAGAAUUGUCAGUCUUCCUUAGCUGAGGGUUGUCAUGUUGGUUUCGUUCAACGUGAAAUGUUCACGAGUGGUCUGGAUGUAAAAGUGCUGGUCACUUUCCCCCACAAGUCCAUCCAAGAAUACUUUGCAGCAUGUCACCUGGUGAAAUUGCUAGAAGAUGACAAAAACAAGUUCUGUGAUCAGUUGAAGCAGAUUGGAGAAAGCAAUGUUCUUGCGAUGGAAUACCUGCUGAGAUUUUGUUGCGGUAGAUCAGGAAAGGCUGCUGGUCUCAUUCUGGAUCACAUACAAGAGAUGGAAGGUGAUGAGGAGAAACAUCAGAGAUUGGCUCGGCUGCUUUUGUUCGAGUCUAGUUCAGAAGAGUUGGCUACCAAACUAGUCAGACCAACUGAGGUAGACUGCAAGAGUAAUGAAGACCUGAAAUCACUGAGCUACUACUUACAGCAUGUCACUCCACCACUUGAAGGUACAGUUUUUCACAUGUAUGUAAGAAAGCAGGAGCUUACCCUUCUCAGGGGAAUUCUUCUGAGUGACAGCAUGGAGUCAACUAGAUUGAUAGUGGUUAACUACUACUUGUCUGAGCAGAAGGGGGAGGAGCUUAGCCUCCUUGAGGAAACACUUGGUGGGGUGGAUGAACAGCGCUGUGCUCAAUUACACAUUAUGGUUCGCAUUGAGGCAAAGUCAUGGUUUGAUGUGGGGCGUGUAUCGCACAGCUUUUUCCGCAUGCAGGAACAAAAAGGCGAGCUUGGUUUGGUUAUGCACCAACGAUCACCGGAUGAGGUUGUCAAUCUAUUGAAGGCACUGGAAGGAUGCAGGUUGAGUGAUCUCUUACUGCAUGACACCAACCUGCAUGCACGGGUGGGAGAUGUUAGCCACAUCCCCUCAUCCCUUACAAUCUUGCAGCUCUUUGCAUGCAGGUUGGUAGAUGAUGAUGUGAAGGACCUGAUCAGCAUCCUUCCUGCUGGGCAUGGUUUAGAAUCGCUUACCCUGGAUGGCAAUGCAUUCAGUUUGGAUGCAGUGAGGGCUCUCACCCAUCAUCUCCAAGGUCUCUCUAAGUUACGUUACUUGCAUCUUUGUAACAUCGGCCUCGAUCCUGAGCUCAUCAGACAAGUUGUCAGUGAAAACCUCCCUCACCUGAAGGACACAUGAACAAAAGAGGGAGAAUUUUGAGCCUAAAUAUUCUCCCACCAAGUCAUAACUCUCACCCUGUUCCCUAUGAAUGCACCACGCUCAUGAGCCGCAUUAAAUUGCAACAAGAAGCAUGUAUCAUGGGUCAUUUUAUGUGAAGUCAAUGCUCUGCGGCAUUCAAACAAACUAAUGUGACCACAGAAAAUUACAAAAAACAACAAUCAAUAACAACAAAAACUUUACUUUCAGAGGACAAUAAGGGGCUCGAUAAUGAAUAAAAAGUCAACAAAACAGUUUCAAUACAAAUAGAUGUAUUCGGAAUCCUCUUACAUUAUGAAUACAAAUAUACCCAGCAUAGUUCUAGUACUGAACCCCCACCCCCCCCCCCAAAAAAAUUUAAUCCAUCAAUUUAAUCAAUCAAUCAAUGUGAAAAGUCAAUCAACAAUUCCUGUACAAAAUGAUUCAUUGAAAUCUUAAAACAUAAUAGCACUGCACUAAGCAUUCUGGGUGUCACUUGAAAGUGAUAUUAAAUUGACCUUGUAUCUUGGGUGACCUCUGAGUACUAUUAUAAAUCUACAAUCUAAUCGUCAAUUAAACAGGAGAAUCCACCUCUCCUUUCCAUUUCUUUUGAGAAAAUAUCUCGUAUCGCAUCAUCUUAGGAAAAAGUUGUGUGAGAUGUCUUCAACUUUUGUGACAAAGGCCUCCUCCUACCCUGUUAUCCGAUCAAUGUAGUAAUAUGGCAUUCAAACAAACUAAUGUGACCACACGCAAAUGGCUGCACGACACCCUUCCAUAGACCAGUGCUGUGCAAAACUUAGUAUACAGAAUAAUACCCCAAACCUCGGGUACUUUUGAAUUGUUUUGCGUUUACCUUAUGUACAAAUUCGGAAAAUUCUUGCAACGUCACGCCUUUUAAACAGACGUUUCUUUUGAAUGUUUGUGCUUCAUUCUUUAUCAAAUAGUUUCUGUAAAUAAACGUAAAUUAUGCAUAAAAUGGCAAAAAUUAAGAUUCCAGUUUGCUAACUUUUGUAUAGAUCUUUAACCUUGACUGUUUAUGUAAUAUACCUUUAAAGUGGUGCAGUUGUGUAAGGACAGUAUGACGUGGAUUUUGUUUACUAUUCAACUAUAGGCCUAUGUCCAUAUUGAGAGUUACUAAACCAGUGUUCAUACU